AUGUCAAGCGGGUUACAUUAUCACCCUGACCAACAGGAAUUCAAGUACCGUCUGCGACUAUACCUGCUAGGACACAACAAGGGCGUAUUAUCCGAUUCUGCUAAUGUAGAAGAGGAUGAUACGCCUGACAUAGAAAUCACGCAGCCUCCGCUUACAAGUAUUUUGCUGAAAAACUUAAGCUCUAAUGCAGAACUGUGGCCGGCUGAAGAAGCGGAAUUCGAGGAUUUGGAGCUAGACGGACUCGAGCAUUUAGCGGGAUAUAUUUGCCACAAGCUGCAGGAUGACAUUCCCAGCACGUCGUUCAGGAGCAAUGACGACCAUUCAUUCUCCUGGGCGGAUCACCUUAAUGAGGGUGGGUUAUCCCUACCAAGCUCCUCUAUGAUGGUCCAUAUGCGAAGUCUUGAGUCAGUCUUUAAGGCAUUGAACGAAGACGGCUUGCUCAUUACAAAUGAUUUUGUAAAAACUCACAUUGAGCAUGCUGCAACAAUUCAAUGCGACAUUAAAGUAAAAAAAUUAUUUUUCAGGGCAAGAAUGUUCUUCAAAAUACGAAAAUUAAAUAAAGAACUCGUUGAAAAUGCCCACAAAAGAAAAAGAAAAGCCAAAAAAACUCUGACCUAGAUCGAUCCAUAUGGUACCAUUAUAGAACCGUAAGUAUUGCAUAAAAUACCAAACAUGUGGUAAGUUUUGAACUAAAGCGUUUUUAAAUUUGUAGAAAUUAACCGUUCUUUACUUGCAGCAUGAAUCAAUGUCCGCAUU